AUGGCAUCUACGGGAUCGCAAAUGAACGGCCUGAAAGAUAGAGCCAUGACAAUGGUUAAGCCGAAUUCGGAUGAUAUAGAUGCAAUCCAGCUUGAGAAUUUGUUUAUAAGAGAUGCUGAUGUUUUUCAAACAUCUUUACAUUCUGAAGACUACCUUGACAGCUUAGUUCCUAUCAUUACCGAUGCAUUGAGGGCAAAUGCGUUAUCGGAUUUUAUUGUCAAAUUGAAUAACAUAGUGAAGGCCAAAGAUGACGAAUUGAAUGACAUAUCGUUGAACUCAGCACAUGACAUCAACACCUGUAUUGAUACUAUCGAUACCGUAUCCACUGAGUCACAAGAGUUGAGUGUAAACUUAAGUCAAGUGAACAAAAUACUCAAUAAAUCCGUGUUCGAACUUAUAUCUAAGAAGAAAGCUCUCAUCAAAUGCAAGGAGACAUCCCAGAAGAUUGAAGAGACAUCCGUGGUACUCAAUUUGUGCAUUCAGGUGUUAGAGAUUUCGAAUAAGAUUCUUGAUUGGAUCAAACAGCACAAAUAUUUUAGUGCAUUGAAGUUAAUUGAUGAACUCUCCUCCAUUCAUUUGCCCAAAGUGAAAGAUUUUACUUUUGCCGUGAAGAUAUAUGAUUCUAUCCCGCACUUAACUGCCAUGAUCAAAGAAGAGUCCUUCGAUAGUUUAAGCAAAUGGUUAUCUACACACAUUGAGCGGAAAGUUGAUGUUAUUGGCGAAUGCAUUUUCGCUAACCUCGCAGAACUACAAGAAAAUUGGGAAAAGCUUCGAAACAAUGCCAAAAUUCCCGCCUUAUUACCUCACCACCUCAAUUCUCCAGUGGAAGUUUCUAUGCGUGAUCCGUCGCUAUAUUUGAAUGUUUUUGACUCAAAGGAACUUCAGAUCCCUCUCGCACCUAUCUACGACUGCAUUCUUGUGUACCAAUCACUAAAUGAUAUUGGCUCAUUAGCUUCCAUUUAUCACAAAGAAUGGAUGAAGAAAUACCAGAGAAUCAUUUAUCCCAUUACAUUGUCUGCCAAUGUUAAAGGAAGACAGUUAUCAUCUCAUGAUCCUUCUGUUUCUUUUCAAAAUCUAGAAAGCUUGGCUGCUUACUUGCAAAAAAUUGCUGCCUUCUUCGUCGUUGACAAACAGCUCAACAAGCAAACGAAAUUCGAGUUAAGAUCCAACAGUACAGCAGAUGAUUUGUGGGAAUCCUAUUCAGUAAAGCUCAAACCUGUGCUUAUCAAUUUUUUGCAAAGCCACAAAUGGGGAGUCAAUGACUUAGGAAUAUUAGCAGAUUUCAAGGAUUUGUUAGGGAAUUUCUUGCAAGUCAUGGAGAACAGCCAGUACAAAAUCUCUGAUCUCUACACGAUUAUGAUUGAUAUUUUCAGAGAUUACUUUGGACCUAUUUUGAUUCAACAUUUUAGAAUAGAGUUCAUUGACUCUAUUCAGUCUGAUCAUUACAUGCCUUUGGUUGUGACAGACCGUCAUGACUACGAUAAUGUGAUGAAGAUUUGCUGGUACAAGAAGGAUGCAAAUUUUGCUCCUCGCAAUGUCCAUUCGAUGCCAAUAUCAUUUCCAUUCAGCGAAGACUACGUCCACUAUUGUUUAGGAAUAAGGACACUUUUAAAAGAUGUUCUAGAAUUUACCUCCCGUCAUUACAGCCACGAAUUAUCUGAUCUUAACCAUAUUAUUGUGAACGAUAUUUUUGAGAAAGUUUUGGGGAAUGAGCCGGGAAUAGGUAUUUGCAACGACAUUAAAGAGUUCAUUAGCAAGAAUUCGAAUAACAAGGAAAUCGUGGCACAAAGCUAUACCAAUUUGGAAUAUUACCUCUUCAGUUUGUAUGAAAUUGGUAAGCUUUUAGAUGAGAGAUUGAGAGCUACAAAUGGGAUUGGAAUUAUCAAUAUCGACACACAUUCCGUAUUCAAAUUGAAGGCUAUAGAGCUUUUCACGAGUAUAAGGAAAUUCUCAGAGGAUGCAAUUUUCAAGAUGGUAGAUGUCAAACUAAAAGAGUUGUUGGACAUGGUUGAGUACGAUGAUUGGAUGCCUCAAACGUCCAACACUGAUCCGAACUUUUUCAUUCUCGACUUCUCUCUCUUUUUAGAGAAUUUGUUCAACUCCAUCUUUACUAACUUACCGUCGUCCUUCCGCACAUUGGGUUUAUUCAGAAGUUUUGACUUCAUCGCUGAAUAUUUCUUGAACAUAUUGGAAGAUGCCCCUCAUUACAAUCGCAUUGCUAUUAGUAAUCUAAAUUUGGAUAUCACCCAUCUUGAAAAAUCUAUGGCCAAUUUAGCGCAGAGCGAAUCGAACGACCCAGAACAAGGCUCUGUUGCUUUACAAUCGACAUUUGAGACUUUAAGACAAAGCAUUGAUUUAUUACUUUUGGAAAACUACGACGAGUUUAUCAAAAAUCCUUCAUUCAGAAUGCGCAGGUUUGAUCGCUUGAAGUAUGAAGAUGCCAUGAAACUUAUUAAAAAAAUGCAGGUUCCUAGGGAUGAUGCAGACAACCAAAGCAUAGCUGAGCUGACUAAUGCUAACUCUUCUAUUUUAGACAGAGAAAGUUCUCUUCUAAGUAAGUGGAAGUUCAGGAUCUCUGAUCAGUGA